AUGCACACGACAGUAGAGGCCAAUAAAAUCCUUUGGCGCCACAUGUUGUACAUUAGUGCACCACUGGUGGGGGAAGGGGGAGGUGGGCAUGUCACAGCCACGACACUGCAGGAUGGGGCACGCGGGAGUGCUGUGAACUCACAUCAACAUCAAUUUUCUCGCCCUGUGCUCGUGGAUGCAAAAAACGAUUCGGUGCAGCAUGCAUUUAGACACCUUGAUGCAGUGGAGAAAAGUGGACGUGCAAAGGACUUGGAGCUUUUACGAGAAGCUCUUAUCGUUUGCUGUGGCUCUACUCGGCGGUUUCCCCUACCGCAGGUGACGUUAGUGGAGUUGCUUUGUAUAUUUAACGAGCAUAUGCAGUAUCACGUAGAUGCGGAGGGCGCUCUUGCAGGAGACUACAUUCUUAACUCACUCUGCUUUUUUUUUCUCUGCGAUCGCCAGGAGGCUCUUCAAAGGUACGCCAUUCCACUUGUGGAGCUUGGCACCUUGCGGCCUGCGGACUCAAACUACCGUAGCUUGAUCAAAUUUGAAGCCGUGCGUUGCUGUUUUAGGCCUGCUUGUACUUUGGAUCUUCACUCACUGCCUCUUCGGGAGUCACUUUUGCGAUUUGUGUGCAUUUUCUGUCAUCAGUCCUGCGUCGAAGGAGGCAAUGAGCUGAUCUACCUAAGUCACUCACGCUGGGUGUUUGGUUCCCAGCCCAACGUCUCUGAUGCCAAGGAUUUCCUGGACUCUCCCUUUAGCCCCUUUCCAGAGGCCCUCCGUCGUGGAUUUCUUGGACCUCUCAUGCAGUUUGUGACAUCGUUUUGUAUUUCUGAUUGCAAAGCACAUGAUACAUGGGGUAGUGACUGCUGUAUUGUGUGCCUCGACGGUGUGAAGGUGGCGUUGGUCCUGUUGGCACUGAAUAACACACCUCUCAUGGUGAUGAACCCGGGCGAACAGAACUUGGAUCGGUGCGAUUGUCCAACGACAGUCUUAUUUGGAUUUCCUGAAGAUGUGCCAGAUGCGCAUAUUAGGUUGGCGUUACAAUGUAUGCUCGAUGUGGUUGAAAUGCGAGAGGGACCCCGCGUGGAUUUCGGCGCCGUCUUCGGUCAGUCGCCAGAGUCAUUCCGACGAUGGUGCCGAUCUAUCGGAAACCAACUUUUUUACAUGAAAAAUGAACUUUUAUUCGGUCCCCAAGGUUCGAGCUAUGUGUCGUCAUUACGGCCUGAUUGGGAGCUGUUGUCUUUACCAGGAACCGAUAAGGGUCGAUCUGAGCGAAACGAUCGUGGAAGUGUUUCAGGUGUGUCACAUUUUAUCUGCCCUUUUCUGCAAGCCGCUCCAUUGUCGCGGCGGACUUUUGCACUGGCGUUGGAGCUGCGCUGGAGUUUUGGAAAUGCCAUUGCGUCGAUGAGAACACUUGGGGGCUGCUUUGCAACGAUGAUUCUGGUGGGUGCCCAGGUGAUACUGACUGACUGUCACCCCUACCUAACCUCACUGCUAAGUGUCGAGGCACGUCUUGAUGCCCACGCCAGGCACGCGGAUCUCCAGCUUCCCUCGGCUUCUCUGGCUGACGAUACAUUUGGCGGCAGCGAGGACGGCGGAAUUCUUCCACGCCUAUGGAGUCGUGUGGUUUUUUCCAACUUUCGCCGGUCAUCUCUGUGCCUCGCUUGGCGGUAUCUUCCGGCGCACGUGGUUCGUCUUGCGCAGCACGAGAGGGAGGAAGUGGAGGUGACCGGACUAUUCUACCGUUCAGCUUCUGUGACUGUGGGGGAUGUGACUUUGACGAUGCUCAUUGGCAACGGGAAGAAUUUUUCCGUUUCCGCAGCGACAGAAGGUGACGAGGUGUGGGCUGAGCUGGAGAGUGUUUGCCUACAGGAACUAGCGGAGCGGGAACAUGAAAUGAUGCAGCUUUCCUCGCUUGUGGCAGAGUGCGAGGCACCGCAGCGCUGCUCGAAUGGUAAUCCACGCGAGGACGUUCUUUGUGUUGCCCACGAUCUUACUACCGGGACGUCCACGUUGCUUGGUCAACGCAGCGACCUUUUGGCAUCGGACGAAAGCAAAUUGGACCCGCUUUUUGCGAGGGGGGUAUCGCACGCGCAGUCGUUGCUCGGACGCCCCUUUUGCCCCCCUCAACGUUAUGACGACGACAUGAUGACCACAUCGUUUGCGUUUGCCGAACUUCCCAUUACACGUGUCAUGUUGGGCCGCACGGCGUUUGGAGCUGGCCGAGACCGACGAUCGACCGGGACCCUUUACUCUUGCCAGACGGGUGGGCAGGAAUUUUUUUUUGCGGAUUACAAACCUUCCACGUUUCGUUCUGUAGAAGACACCUUUUUGUGCUUUAUCGCUUCACAAGGAGGUGAUGGAGAAGCAAAUGUAUGA